AUGAAGUCAGAAAUAUCAUGCCGUGAUGAUAAUAUGAUCGACUUGGUUUUUGGUGAUGGAAAAAAUUCAACAGAUGGUAUUUCUGAACGUAUUUCGUUGGUUGACGCACGAGAUAGUAAUAGUAAACAAAUGAGGAGAAUUGGUGAAUCUUCUAAGAGAAGCAACGAAAGUGAGAUUACACGUGAAGAUGGACAUGAUCAUAGUGUAGAACAUGCAGAACAAAAUAUCUUAACGAGUAGUAAUAACGAUAUCAGAGAUGAGAGAUCAUACCUAAGAGGAGUUAAGGAAACAAAUGAAAAUUGUAUUUUAAGAGAUCUUAACUCGAGGAAAUCAGUGAAUGACGUUAGUGAGACGAGCACGACGUUAUAUGAAGAUAGUGAUGAUUCUACUAUAUGUGAAGAUUCCGACGAACUCGAGGAUGAUGAGAUAUUAGGAAAACUUGAAACUCAAAGUAAUUGCAAGCACGUUACUCAAUCAUUUGAAGAUGAGCCUUAUCAUGAUCAAUCUGAAUCUGACACUGAAAGUCACGUUAUUGAUGCUGUCGAUGAAAGUCACGUUAUUGAUGCUGUUGAUGAAAAUCACUUCGUACCGGUAAAAAAAAGUCGUGACUAUGACAGUUUUAAUACUUUGAACAGUUUGAAGAGUCAUGCGCGCGUGCAUCGUGGAGAAAAACCAUACAAAUGCGAUUAUGCUAAUUGCAAGAUGAGAUUUACUCAUCUGAGAGCGGCGUAA